AUGGCUUUAAACGAUAAGUUUGAUCACCUUAAAAUAAAGUUAAGAGCGAUUAAAAUAGCAACCAACAACUUUGAUACUAAAAAUUGCAUAGGGCAAGGAGGAUUCGGAAAAGUGUACAAGGGAGAAGUUGUGGAAUGCGAGGGGCGGCAUACCAAGGUUGCUAUAAAGGUUUUAGAUCGUAGAUUUGGACAGGGUGAUCUAGAGUUUUGGAAGGAGAUUAUGCUGCUUUCACACUACAGACAUACAAAUGUUGCUUCUCUCUUGGGGUUUUGUGAUGAAGGCAAAGAAAAAAUCCUUGUGUAUGAAUACGCAUCUAGAAGUAGCCUCGACAGGUAUCUCGGUGGUGAUCUUACAUGGGCCCGGCUUCUUAAAAUUUGCAUCGGGGCAGCUCGCGGAUUAGCAUACCUUCAUAAUCCUGACGGGACCCAACAAAGAGUAUUGCACCGUGACAUCAAGAGUUCAAACAUCUUGAUAGAUGAAGACUGGAAAGCCAUGAUCUCCGAUUUUGGUCUGUCCAAAAUUGGUCCUGCUAACCAAGAAAACACAUUUCUUGUUUCCGAAGCUGUAGGCACAAGCGGAUAUGUUGACCCAAAUUAUAUGAACGGCAGAUUAUUGACAAAAGAGUCGGAUGUUUACUCUUUUGGUGUUGUGUUAUUUGAAGUAUUUUGUGGAAGAUUGUGUACCAGCUACGACAACAAGAAUUGCUCUUUUGCAAGAUUGGCACGAGAUUCCUACAAGCAAGAUAAAAUGAAGGAUUUCAUCCAUGAAAAAAUAAAGGAUGAAAUAAAUUCUAAAUCUAUGGAGGUGUUCACAAAAAUAGCUUAUCAAUGUUUGGCUGAGGAUAAUGCCCAACGCCCACUAAUGACCGAGGUCGUGACAGACCUUGAGAAUUCGCUGCGAUUCCAAGUAAGUAUUUCUUGA